AGAGUAAGGAGGGGGUCCCUGCCUCUAAAAUGAGCCUCUCUGGAGAGAGAGAAGAGGAACCUGCCUCUAAAAUUAGUCUCUCUGGGGAGAGAGAGGGGGUCCCUGCCUCUAAAAUUCGUCUCUCUGGGGAACAUCACACCAAAGCUAACAGUCCAAUCAAGCAGAAGAGACCAGCCUCCCCUGUUCCCAGCUGUGUGUCCAUGAAGAGUGACUGGUCUAUGGUUCAACCUCUAACCUUUAGAGAGGGAGACUUUUCUACUGAACAAAGAAACCAACAGGAGAGAUCAGAGUCAGAGAUUCUCAGUGGUCAGUCUUCCCAGAGUCAUCAAACAGACCUGGCCUCCAUAUUCAAUUUGCUUGAAGAGAAAAUUAUGACAUUUGUGAAGAACGAGCUGAAGAUGUUCAAGAGGAUUCUUAGUCCAGAACUCCCAGAAGGCUUUGAGAGUCAGAAGCAGGAUAAGGAAGUGGUGGACCCUGAAGAUGAGCAGCAGGAGAGCAGUGCCAGAGAGGGGGCUCUGAAGAUCACACUGCACAUUCUGAGGAAAAUGAACCAGAAGGAGCUUGCUGACACACUGGAGAAAUAUUCAGAUGACCCUGCUGUGAUUUGCCAACGUGAACUCAAAUCUAAUCUAAAGAAGAAGUUUCAAUGUGUAUUUGAGGGGAUCGCUAAACAAGGAAACCCAACACUCCUCAAUAAGAUCUACACAGAGCUCUACAUCACAGAGGGUGGAACAGGAGAGGUCAAUAAUGAACAUGAGCUGAGACAGAUUGAGACAACAACCAGGAAACAGGCAAGACCAGAGACUGCAAUCAAAUGUAACGACAUCUUCAAACCCUUAACUGGACAAGACAAACUUAUCAGAACUGUGCUGACAAAGGGAGUCGCUGGCAUUGGAAAAACAGUCUCUGUGCAGAAGUUCAUUCUGGACUGGGCUGAAGGAAAAGCAAAUCAGGAUGUCCAAUUUGUAUUUUCAUUCCCUUUCCGGGAGCUGAAUUUGAUGAAAGAGGACAAACACACUUUGAUUGAACUUCUUAAUCACUUCUCAAUGGAAACCAAACAAUCAAGAAUCUCCAACUACGACAAAUACAAAGUUCUGUUCAUCUUUGAUGGUCUGGAUGAGUGCCGACUGCCCCUAGACUUCCAGAAGAACAAGAUCUGUUGUGACGUCACAGAGUCAACCUCAGUGGAUGUUCUGCUGACAAAUCUCAUUAAGGGAAAUCUGCUUCCCUCUGCUCUCCUCUGGAUAACUACCCGACCUGCAGCAGCCAAUAAGAUCCCUUCAGGGUGUGUUGACCAGGUGACAGAGGUACGAGGGUUCAAUGACCCACAGAAGGAGGAGUACUUCAGGAAGAGAUUCAGUGAUGAGGACCUGGCCAUCAGAAUCAUCUCACACAUAAAGACAUCAAGGAGCCUCCACCUCAUGUGUCACAUUCCUGUCUUCUGUUGGAUUUCUGCAAUAGUCCUUGAACACAUUCUGAAACAUAAGAGAGAAGAGAUGCCCAAGACUCUGACUGAGAUGUACACACACCUUGUGGUGUUUCAUACCAAACAGAAGAAUGAAAAGUAUCUUGGGAAAGAAGAGACAGGUCCACACUGGAAUAAAGAGAGCAUUCUGUCACUGGGAAAACUGGCUUUUCAACAGCUUGUGAAUGGCAAUCUGAUUUUCUAUGAAGAAGACCUGAAAGAGGCUGGCAUUGAUGUCAAUGAAGCUUCAGUGUACUCAGGAUUGUGCACACAGCUCUUUAAAGAGGAAUGUGUGCUGUACCAGGACAAGGUGUACUGCUUCGUGCAUCUGAGCAUUCAGGAGUUUCUGGCUGCUGUAUAUGUGUUCCUCUCAUUCAUCAACAACAAUGAGAAUCUAAUGGACAAACUGCAUUCAACGUCCUUUUCUGUGAAGAAAAGGCGCAAAUGUAAAGUUACUGUCUACAAGAGUGCUGUGGAUAAAGCCUUACAAAGUGAGACAGGAAACCUGGACCUUUUCCUCCGCUUCCUUCUGGGCCUCUCACUGGAGUCCAAUCAGAAGCACUUACGAGGUCUACUGACAAAGACAAGAAGCAGCUCACAGAGCCAUGAAGAAACAGUCAAGUACAUCAAGGAGAAGAUCAGGGAGGAUCUCUCUCCAGAGAGGAGCAUCAAUCUGUUCCACUGUCUGAAUGAACUGAAUGACCAUUCUCUAGUGGAGGAGAUCCAAAGCUACCUGAGCUCAGGAAGUCUCUCAGAAGCCAACCUGUCACCUGCACAGUGGUCAGCUCUGGUCUUUGUGUUGCUGACUUCAGAAAAGGAACUGGAUGUGUUUGACCUGAAGAAAUACUCCAGAUCAGAGGAAGGUCUUCUGAGGCUGCUGCCAGUGGUCAAAGCCUCCAGAGCUGCUCUGCUGUCAGACUGUGGAGUCACAGAGGAAGGCUGUGCUUCUCUGGUCUCAGUUCUGAGGUCAAAUCCCUCACACCUGAGAGUGCUGGAUCUGAGUAACAAUGACCUGAAGGAUUCAGGAGUGAAUCUGCUCUCUGCUGGACUGGGGAAUCCCCACUGUAAACUGGAGACUCUGAGGCUGUCACGCUGUCUAGUCACAGAGGAAGGCUGUGCUUCUCUGGUGUCAGCUCUGAGGUCAAACCCCUCACACCUGAGAGAGCUGGACCUGAGCUACAAUGACCUGAAGGAUUCAGGAGUGGAGCUGCUCUCUGCUGGACUGGAGGAUCCACACUGCAGACUGGAGAAACUCAAUGUGGAACAUGGUGGAGAGUACACAAUGAAACCUGGGCUUAGAAAAUAUGUCUGUGAUCUCACACUGGACCCAAACACAGUAUACCGACUCCUCUCUCUGUCUGAGGAGAACAGAAAAGUGACACUGAGGUCAGAGGAGCAGUCGUAUCCUGAUCACCCAGAGAGAUUUGAGAACUAUGAACAGGUGCUGUGUAGAGAGGGUCUGACUGGGUGCUGUUACUGGGAGGUAGAGUGGAGUGGGAGAAGGGUUGAUAUAGGAGUAACAUAUAAAGGAAUCAGCAGGAAAGGAAGGGCUAAUGACUUUUGUCUUGGAUACAAUGACACGUCCUGGACUCUUUUCUGCUAUGACAACAGUUACAUUGCCUGUCACAAUAAUAAUCCCAUUGCCAUAGACGUCCGCCCCUCCAGCUUCCACAAAGUAGGAGUGUAUCUGGACUGGCCAGCCGGCACUUUGUCCUUCUACAGAGUCUCCUCUGACACACUGACCCACCUGUACACAUUCACCUCCACAUUCACUGAGCCCCUCUAUCCAGGGUUUAGGGUUUGGUAUGAAGACUCCUCAGUGUCCCUGUGUCAAACACAACAUGGUGUUUCACUCUAAUCACGGUCAUGUUCAGUAAGACACAAUGGAGCAGCAAUGUAGAAUAUCUCUCUAGUGUGUAAACCUCUCUAUCCAGGGUGUUUGGUAUGAAUAUCUCUCUAGUGUGUAAACCUCUCUAUCCAGGGUGUUUGGUAUGAAUAUCUCUCUAGUGUGUAAACCUCUCUAUCCAGGGUGUUUGGUAUGAAUAUCUCUCUAGUGUUUAAACCUCUCUAUCCAGGGUGUUUGGUAUGAAUAUCUCUCGUGCGUUAACCUCUCUAUCCAGGGUGUUUGGUAUGAAUAUCUCUCUAGUGUGUAAACCUCUCUAUCCAGGGUGUUUGGUAUGAAUAUCUCUCUAGUGUGUAAACCUCUCUAUGAAUGAAAAAUAUGUAGUAGCAUUACUUUAAGGUUAAUAUAAAUGAUAGGUGUGUACAAUCGUGUUACUCUGGUUGUGUAAAUUGUUGUUUUCACAUAACUCUGUACCUAAUUCACCACGGCUGUGCACAUCUUGUGUUACUCUGGUUGUGUAAAUGGCUGUUUACACAUAACUCUGUACCUAAUUCACCACGGCUGUGCACAUCUUGUCUGUUCCGAACAAAGUCUCUCCUCAUCCUCUAUUCUAAGAACCAACAGUUCUUGGUUCUCCUAAGAGAACACAGAGGAUUCUGACUAGUUGGCCACCUCAUCCACUAGAUAUGUGUUGGUUCGACACAUUGAGUCAGUUGUGGUGGAACCAGCCAUGACAAAGCAUUAAUAGGUUUACUAUAUGAUACCUCUGUUGGUUUCUGUAUGUCAGAGCUCUUGGCCCAACACUCAAGAGUGUUGGGUCGACCAGCCUCAUUAUUGCAGGGCUCUCAACGAGUCUCUUAUGGGUGCAGUGAUUCAGGGCAGGUGGAGCUGUUAUGAGCCCCAAAUCUUUACCAACAUAAAUCAAAUCCCACCCAAAAAUGGUGGCUUGCUUGUUGUGUAUGUUAUUUUGGCAUUAAAACGUGACACAUAUCGGUUUGCAAACAAUGUAAUGUUUUAUAAUAUAUAUAUCACUGAAUUAAUACAGCUCUAUAGAAACAU